CUUCCUUUCCACCGCUCAGCCGUCGGAAGCUCAGAACCCCCCAUCGUCGAAAGCCUGGAACUCCAUUGCCGUCGAAGACGCCCCUCAAGCCUGGAAUGUCCGCCAUCGGAGACCGAGAGAUGCCCUUCAAGCCAGACCACUACUCGGACGGGUCCGCAUCCUCUCCAUCAACGAUAGUGCUGCCAGUGCCUCCGAUGGCCUCCUCGCCAGUGUCGCCCUCGUCCGCCUCGAGACCUCUCUCUGCAAGCUCUUCGAUGACCCCGUUGUCCGGAUUGCCGACUUCUUCGUCCAUGGCUUCGACGGGCAUCCGCUCGUCUCCACCAACGACACCCUCUGCCUCCUCACCAAGAGCCGUUCCCGAGUCCCGUGAGGCCAUGGUUCUCGUCUUGCCAUCUCCGACGAGAAGACGGCCCUGAUAAAUCAUAGAUGUUAGGGGUGGACGGAUCCCGUCUUGUCGUCUCCCGUCUUGCCGUCUCCCAUCUCCCCGCUCCUGUCUUCCGUCUCACCAUCUCUGUCUCCGAUGCCUUUCAUCUUCUCAUGGGUGGACAGUUGGUCGUGAUGGAAAUGGAUGGUAGGGGUCUGGGGGCCUAAAGCCUCUGCUUUGGUGGCCUUACCCUUAAGCCAGCCCUGUUGGCCUCCUUGCAUUCAGUAUUGCUCCCUUGCCACUUCACCUGCUUUCUCUCUCUCUCAUCGUUCGUGAAGGGCACCUACCAUGUGGUGGGGAUCGGCUGAGACUCUGGGGAGGAUAGGAUGGGGAGUGGUGGGUCUGUUGUUGUUGCUGCGGGCUUGGAAAGGGUUGGAAUGGCUUUGGUGGACGCCGAGGAGGCUGGAGAGAGCGCUCCGAGGCCAAGGGUUGAGGGGCACCCGCUAUCGCUUCCUCCACGGCGACCUCAAGGAAACCGCCUGGCUCAACAAGGAGGCCCGGUCCAAACCCAUGCCUUUCUCUCACGACAUCGUCCCUCGUGUCGCUCCCUUCUUCCAUCGCGCCAUCAAGGAAAACGGUAAAAUUUCUAUUACUUGGUUUGGACCUGUACCGAGAGUAACUAUUAUGAAUCCAGAGUGGGUAAGGGAAGUAUUGUCCAACAAGUUUGGCCACUUCGCAAAACCACAGAUAAACCCUCUUGGACGGCUGUUAGCUACAGGACUUGCAAAUUAUGAAGGUGAAAAAUGGGCCAAACAUAGGAGGAUUCUAAAUCCUGCUUUUCAUCUGGAGAAGUUGAAGCGCAUGUUGCCAGCAUUCUCUGCUUGUAGUGGUGAAUUUGUAAACAGAUGGAAGAAAUCGAUUGGUUCUUUGGGAUAUUAUGAAUUAGAUGUUUGGCCUGAGCUCCAGAAUUUUACAGGAGAUGUGAUCUCCCGAACAGCAUUUGGUAGCAGCUAUGAGGAAGGUCGACGGAUUUUCCAACUUCAAACGGAGCAAGCUGGGCUUCUUAUUCAGGCUGCUCAGACUGUGUAUAUUCCAGGAUACAG